UUUGGCCAUUACUAAUUAUCGAGGGGGACUUGACAAAGUCUGUGGUGGUUGCGGGCCUGCUGCAGUUUAGCUAUGAUCUACGGAAGCUGAUUUCAGCUCAUUGCCGCCACUCAACAAAAUGCUAGACAGGCAUCAAAUCUGACUCUGAAUCAGCAUCUGAGCUCGUGUUUGUUCACCUCCGAUGGGCCCCUGCGAGGGACAUACGUCACCGAUGCAGGAAGAAGAUGUGGUUUGCCGCGAAGAGCGUAACGGAGGAAAGGAAAUAGUUACAGAGAGCGUGCUGUGAGAACCGUCUCCAUAGACGCAGAGGACAGGUAGACGUAACCUCACCACCUCUUUUCCAGAUGGAAUACCUUCCUCACGGCACCGAAGGAAAAGGCGUGUUACCCUCUGCCCACGGUGAAGAAACUCCUGGAGCAGAAGAGAAAGAGAGAGACCUCCUCAGCCCCUCCAUCCUGCUCUGCAGCAUCUUACACUGCUGGUGGCGCUGCAUCUGUCCCAGUGUUGGCAUCAGGACAAUCUCCCACUGCCGCUCUUCUUUUGCAGGAGCCGGUGCGAGCUACACAGACAUGGGAGCAGUCAGAUAUGACCGAUGGGAAGUUCCCAGCAUUCAUCAGGUGCAUUCCUCGCUGCAGCACUGCUGCUCAUUCCCGUUCAUGCCUAGUUCUUCCGCCGCGCAAAACUUUAACCAGACUGGACAGACGCUUGUCACUGGCUACAGCACUCAGCAGAUACAAGACUGCCAGGAUGCCCAGACAACACAGCAAUAUUCUAUAACAGAGUGCCCUGUGACUGCAGUAGGGACUGAUAUGACUGGGACUGUCCCCAUUCAGACCUCUGGCUUGUGCUGGCCCUCUGAGUCCAGAGCAGAGGAUCACACAAGCCCAUACCCUCUCCAAGAGUUCAGGCCCCAGAUGGAUAUGGUGAAGCUGCAGGAGGCCAGGGUCUACCUGCAAACCAUGGAUUACAGUAGGACCACCUGGCAGGAUGAUGACGGGGACACCAUUCUACAUAUCUACACCGCAAAAGGCCUGAGGGAAUAUGCUUUUGCUGCUGCGGAGAAACUUAGUGAGCUGGGGAAACUGGACUCUAAAGAACACAAGGGCAAGACUGCUUUGCUGGUGGCUGUAACUGCCAAUCAGCCAGAUAUAGUCCAUGACCUUCUCUCUCUGGGUGCAGACAUCAGUAUCUGUGACGUCAACGGUCAAACAGCACUUCAUCUGGCUGCCACAUAUGGUUUCCCUCGUGUCAUGCAGGUUAUUCUCAACGCUGGACUGCGAGUGGACCUGGAGGCUCGUAAUUUUGAAGGUCUGACUCCUCUGCAUUGCGCAGUGAUCUCUCACUGUGCCACGAUAAAGGCUUUAAAUGCCUCCUCAUCCUCAACGUGGCUAGCUGAUGGCAGUCUACAGACUCAAGCAGAAGAUAAACUGCUGUGCUUACGGCUUCUUAUUAAUGCUGAGGCUUCGGUUGUCAGUCAGGAAAUCAAAAGCAACAAGACAGUUCUUCACCUGGCAGUGAAGGAGGGGAAUAUCCAUCUUGUGCGCUUCCUCCUCAGCCUCCAACUCUCCAAUAUGCAGGCGUUCAUUAACAUGAAAGCUCAUGGACACACCGCCCUGCACAUGGCUGCGGGGCUGCAUGGAAACCCCUUUCAGGAGGAACUGAUCCGACUGCUGCUGAGCUGUGGUGCUGAUCCCAGCAUCCGCAACCUGGAGAACGACCAGCCCGCUCAUUUGCUGCAGAGCGGAGACAAAGGAGAGAGACUCAAGCUCAUCUUGAAGAAGAAAAGUGCCUCCUCUAGGCGGCGUUUUACAUCCUUACAGGACCAAGAGUGACCAGGACUGAUUUUUAGUCCCAGCGUAUCCCUCAUUCUCCAGUAGAGAUGCAGUCAGUCAUCUGGAUCAAUUAAUAGCAUCCACAUGAAACAUUAAUCAUAGGAGUGUAACGAUACGUGAAUCGUGUAUAGUACGGUUCAUGGUCAUUUUCCAAAGUCAAAGCGAUCACCCUUAUUCCCUUGUUAGUGGGCACUUUGGAGUGAGCAGGGCACGUGCGUGAAAGUAUUCAGUCGUUUAGUCACAUGUUAGUCACAUUAUCUUCAACCGGGAUGAUCCUGUGACAAUGAACCCAGCGCGGUAUGCGUCAGCAGAUUCUUUAAAAAAAAUAAAAUGUAUGUUUAUUUGCAACAGCUACACUAACACCAAUAAAAAGACAUUUAUGACAUGAAAUUAGUGACAUCUGCUGACGCACACCCGCUGUGUUGUCACAGGAACAUCCCAGUUGAAGAUAAUGAGGAAAUGACAUCACUCCCUUUGACAAGCGCAUUCCAGACGACUAAAUAAUGGCGCGCACGGGAUCAGGAUGAUCGCUCUGAUUUGGAAACGGCCAUGAACCGUACGAUAUUUAAUUCAUCGCGAUAGUUUUGCUAAUCGUUCACCACCAAGACCUGAAUGAAAAGUUAAGAUUUAAUAUCAGAGAGCUUUAAAAAAAAAUAAUAAUCCCCAAAAACAUCAUCUCUGGAGAAGAAUGGGUUCAUCUUCAGUAUCCUUUCAUGAGGAUUUUCAAAUAUUGCAUCAUUUUUAGUAUGACAAUAUAUUUUUAGGAUCUUUAAUUGAUUCUGCGCCAUAAAGCUGCUUCCGCUCAUUUUAGUUUGAUCGUGAAAAGUGAUUUCAAUGAAACCGUCACGAGGACUGUCCGUACCAGUCGAGUUUCCACCUUCGAAUCUAAACCACAUUGGUUUGCUUUUUUAACUCACUGUAUCAGUGGGAUAUUCUUCAUUUGUUUUGUGAUGUAUUUAUAUAGCUUUUGGUUGGUAUAUGUUGCAUAUCAUUGUCUGUGCUCAUAUUCAUGUUACUUUCACUCAGGGUGAAGAUCAUAUAUUUAUUUUAUUGUUUGAUAUGAAUGACAUCAGUUCUCUAUGUAAUGCACUUUUCUCAGCAGCACACUUGAUAUCAUAGUUGUCCUUACAGGAGAUGUGUCAUCCAGCCAUGUAUGUGAAUGUGUUAUUUUGAUGAGUCACACUUGAGGGGGUGAAAUGUCAGGGGGUUCUGAGGUAAGAAGGUAGUUUUGUCAUCAAGACCUUCCAGAAUCAAAAUGUCAAAAUCAUUGAUAUGAUUUAACAAUGUUAUUUCAGUGGAAUAGUAUGAAAGGAAUGGUUUCUUUGUGUAGGGAUAGUGCCCAUCUUGUAUCAAGAUUUCAAAUGUUGAGGAUGUUGUUGUCGAGUGCUAUGCAUGAUUCAUCGGGUUCAAGUACCCAGAGUCCCUCUGGAAAUUCAAAUGAGGGAAAACACACGCUAAUGUCACUUUCUCGUAAAAACAAAGAGAGGUCUGUGGAUUUAUGAGAAUUACUUUGAAAGCAAAGUGCAAACUGCCUUCUAAGAAAUCAUUUAUGUUUUAACAAAUAUCGCAAACACUCAUUGAAUCAAACCAUCUGACAAAACUAAAUCCUGCGAGUAUAAAAAGUAGCAUUAAAAUGUGCUUGAUCGUAUGUACAAUGUUUUUUUUUUAUAUAUAUAUAUAUUGUCUAUGAAGUGUCAUCUUUAAUGA